AUGAGCAAGCAAUUCAAUAUCAUCAUUGUAGGAGGCGGUAUCGCCGGCCUGGCAACAGCCAUCGCCCUCCGUGCAUCCAACCGUAAAAUCACCAUCCUGGAACAAUCAUCGCUCAACCGCGAAAUCGGCGCCAUAAUCUCUCUCCAACCCAACGCCUCCAAAAUAGUUGAGAAGACUUGGGACCUCGGCAACACCUUGAAGGACAAAGGCUCAAUGGCCGAUGAAGGAUUCCAGGUUUAUAACCUUAAUGGGGAGUUACAAAUGCGGAUUCCGUUGUCAACGACGGAGAAAUAUGGUGCGGAGCGGAUGCUGUAUCAUCGGAUUGAUUUGCAUGAUGCGUUGAAGAAACGUGCGACUUCGGAGGAGUGGCCCGGAGAACCUGCUGAGAUUCAUGUUUCGAGUCGUGUUACACGUUGUGAUUGUGAGGAGGGGGUUGUAUAUACCCAAACCGGGGAGAAGUUUCAAGCCGACUUAAUCAUUGGCGCGGAUGGUAUCAAGAGUGUUGUUCGAGACUCUGUUUUGGACACCAAAGUUCCUGCGUUGAGAACGGGCCAUUCAGCGUAUCGCAUGAUUGUACCGGUCGACAAACUCCUGGCAGAUUGUAAGGCUUUCUGUGACGUCGUCGACCCCCAAGCCCCCUACACAACUAUGGUGAUGGCGCACAACAGACGAAUGAUCAUGGGCCCAGCCCGAAAUGGCUCGGUAUAUAGUAUCGUCGCCAUGGUCCCCGAUGAGGACAUGAAUGAAGACCCCACAAAUACAAGCUGGACAACACAUGGUGACAUUCCUAAAAUGAAAGAAACGUUCGCCGAUUUCCCUGAAUGGGCGCGCGGACCAUUGUCAUGCGUCAAUGAUGGAGAAGUCGGUUUGUGGCAACUUCGUGACAUUGGCCCCCUACCCACUUGGACGAAAGGCAGGGUUAUGCUCGUUGGUGAUGCGGCGCAUGCGAUGUUGCCGACGCAGGGACAAGGAGCGAGCCAGGCAAUUGAGGAUGCGGAGGCAGUUGGCACUUUCUAUGCUGAUAUUGAUAUCGACAAGGACGGAUUGGAGCAGAUUAAGGCUGUUAAUGAGAAGAUUUUCCAAUGUCGGUAUAAGAGAGCUACGACUAUUCAGCAGUACAGUCGACAAGCUGCUAAGCCAGCUACCGAGGAAGGGAGUGUCAAGAUCAAGAUGAGUCCUAGCGACUUUAUGGAUUAUAACUGUAAUUAUGGUGGCGCUUUGGAGUGGGCUAGGCGGCAGAAGGAGGAGAAGGAUGCAAAGGAAGCAGAUGAGGAUUGUUGA